AUGGCGUUGCUAACACCACCUCCGACCACCGCCAAAUUCUUCCGGAAACUUCACUACCACCACCACCCAACAUGUGCACCAUCCACCAUCUUCAUCGAUCAACAUUCCAUUCCACCACCAAAAACCACCAUCACAACCACCAAUCACCGCCGCAAAAGUCAACUAUUCAGAACUCGCAGUACGACAAUGGAAUCACAACUGAAACCGGAAUUGGAGUUGGAACCUCAAUUGGAAUUGGAAUCGGAAUCGGAAUUGAAAUUAUCAGAAGUGAAAUCAUCGGAAUUGAAAUUAGAAAGCGGUGGAGAAGGAAGGAUUCUGUCGGCAGACACCAUGAUUACACGAUUGCGAGAAAUGUAUCGAGGUCGGAAUGGGAAUAAAGUCGACAAAGUGACGCUCGGUUUGUUGGUGACGAUCCAUUUGCUAUCGGUUUUUGCGCCAUUUACGUUUACGUGGGGAGCUUUAUGGUUGACGAUCGGAUUGUAUACCGUAACGUAUCUGGGAAUCACACUUUCCUACCAUAGAAAUCUAUCACAUAAAACCUUCAAGAUCCCCAAAUGGCUGGAAUACGCAUUCGCUUAUUGCGGAGCUCAGGCUCUUCAGGGAUCUCCGAUCGAUUGGGUGAGCACACAUCGGUAUCAUCAUCAAUACUGCGAUUCAGAGAGAGAUCCACAUACUCCGAUUAAAGGAUUCUGGCAUAGUUACAUCAAAUGGAUGCUUGAUACGGAGAACGUUGCGAAAAUGACUGAAUUGCCGAAUAAUGUGAGAGAUUUGGAGAAACAACCAUUUUAUAGGUUUCUUCGAACGACUUACUUUCUGCAUCCGUUGGGGCUUGGGUUCGUUCUAUAUGCAAUUGGAGGAUUUCCGUUUGUCGUUUGGGGAAUAGGGGUGAGAACAGUGUGCUCAUACCACAUGACAUGGCUAGUGAACUCCGUUUGUCACGGACGAGGAGUACGGGUAUGGGACACAGAUGAUAUUUCUGUUAACAUUUGGUGGCUGGGAAUUCUAGCAUUUGGAGCUGGAUGGCACAACAACCAUCACGCAUUUGAGUACUCAGCAAGACACGGGUUAGAAUGGUGGCAGAUCGAUUUCACAUGGUAUGUGAUCCGUCUUCUUGAGAUUACAGGGUUGGCCACCGAUAUUAAGCUACCGACUCCGAUGGAUAUGCAAAGAAAGGCUUUGCCUUCCAAAAUAUAUUAG